AUGGUGCUCCCAAGCAUGGACUCGGUACUGGUAGAAAAACUUGAAGAACUGGACUCGCCUGCGUCAGUAAAAUGGUCUCUGCGACCAGUGACUCCCUGCAGUACGAGCCGCUACGACACAAGGCAAUUGGUUAGAACGUCUACAAUGAAGAUCUGGCCCGGUUUCUCUACACGAAGGACUUGUAUGAAUGAGAUUGAGUCAAAGUGCUCGAUGCCACAUCUGGAACACGGGUGGACUGCAGAGACGCAUCCAGAGGGCAACGUGUACUACUCGACACUUGCCAGCCAAUUGCCCGUCGUGACCUGUGCCAAUUUACAAAAUGUGUCCACUCUCGAAGCUGUCGAUUCCUGCACCGAUCAAAUAAAAGCACUGCUCGCGCGGACCAGAAAGCACACAUUAUUACCGCCAGACACCGAGAUCGAGUUACUUAUCGAACCAGAGGAAAAUGGAGAAUGCGGCUACUAUUUUGUGGAUCACUCGAAUCGUGUUCUGUUCUGGCUGGAAAUGUGUGAUACGGGCACACUUCAGCUUCCCGAGAUUGUGUCAGCGUCGCAUCUGAAAGUCGUAUUGGAAUGGUUAUACUGGGCCCACGUAGAAUAUUUUCCUGCUCCAAACCGUGCUUCGAUCGAGACGCUUGAUGAAGUUGAAGCAAACUUUGCUCAUGGUCUGUGUGAUCACAUGACUUCUUCGGUAUCGACAUUUGGAUACUCGACCAAACAGUGCCGAGAGAUCAUUGGUGUACUCCAAUCCUGCCGACGGACUCUCCACCGGAAAGAAACGACAACUGUCCUUGCUCGAUUGUGGGGCACGAUCCUUUUCCAUAAAAUCAUGAACCACCACGGCCAAGAACAAGCACGCCUGUCGAGAGACCAGCGCAUUCUCGACCGCGAAGACUCUUCCGGUCCAUCGCAUCGCUAUGCCAACACACUCUUGACCGUGUUCACGCUAGGCCAUCUGCGGACACACUCACAGCGACUGGACGAUGUCUUUGCAGACGAUCUCGUCAACAGUGUUCAAUGGCCGCUUUAUGUCGCGCAGAAUUUGAGUGAUUGGAAGUGUGAGGGAUCUGUAGCGCUGCUAUUUCUCUGUAUUCAAUUCACUCUCACAUCUGUUGAUCCCUCGGUCCGGCCAAUGUUUUGGCCCUCCAUCGUGGUUUUGGUAUGCGCAGUGAUCACUUGCGUAGUUUUGUGCACCAAAUUCAAGUCCAUGGUCAAGUUCUCUGCCGACCAAGCCCGAGACUACCUGUGCUCGAUCGAAUCGCCUAGGGGCCCCUAUUCAUGCCGAUUCACACCAAUCGCGUUCAUUUUUGCUCUCCCAAGGGCACUGUGCCUGUGCGGCGCAGGGAUAUGGUUUGUUUGGUAUGCACUGGGUUGCUGGGCUAUUUCGCCGUACUCUACCUAA